CUGGGAAAGAGUCGAGUAAUUCGUGAAACUAUUCUUGUUGCAUUACAGACCUGCCGCAUCCAAGGUGAUGAUGUUCAAUCAAAGUUGCGUCCUUAAGGAUGUCGACACAGUAUCGCGAAUCGUGUCAAGAAAGGCUAUUGGAAAACAACAGCCGAUUCCUCGUUGACUUUAAAUUCCAGCCUUCUCUGCACCAGGGGUCUGAUUCCAGCGCGUCGCAUGGCUAUGUUACAACGAGAUUCAAGCAUUUGGUGACCGAAGACGGCCACGCGGUAAUCACAGGAAGAGAGGCGACUUCAUUUCAGUAUUGUGAGGAUGAGCCGAUUCACAUUCCUGGUGCCAUUCAAAGCUUUGGAGUAAUGGUCGCGCUACAAGAAGCUGCCAACCAACUUGUGGUCCGUGUGGUGAGCGAGAAUUCCUACGAGAUCAUCGGCUAUUCUGCAAAGCAAUUAUUCGAAUUAGAAAGCUUUUGCGACAUCCUGUGUAUUGAUCAGGCGGAGGAGCUAUUGAAUCAUGUAAAGUUUGCUCAUGAUAAUGUUUUGAACCUCAGUGUGGAUGGCCCUGAAGUUUUCUCGCUGGCGAUUGUAACAACCUUCGGCGAAACGCGUCGCUUUUGGUGUGCUUCGCACAUCGUACAUGCCCGGAAUGAUCUCAUUAUCUGUGAGCUUGAGCUGAAAAAUGAUAAGAUCAACCCACUGAAUGGAAAUGGAACGAACAAUCCGCCUAGCCCAGUCAGCACUCUUGGUUAUCUCCCCACUAUUGAGCAGUUUGCUGCCAGUACUACAGUGGUCAGUCAGCCACUCCGAAUGCUUCGCAGUCUUCGGUAUUGCAAGGACGAGGCGGCAGUGGUGGAGGUUUUCAGUCUCUUGACCCAGAUUCAGGAGCAAUUAGGCUCGAUCAGCGACCUUGACACCUUGCUCAACACGGCUACGGGAAUUGUCAAGGAUAUUACAGGAUUCCACAAAGUUUUAAUCUAUCAAUAUGAUGGCAUGUGGAAUGGCCGUGUUGUUGCUGAAUUGGUCGAUCCCGCGGCAACCGUUGAUCUCUGUAAAGGGCUUCACUUUCCGUCAUCCGAUAUUCCAGCACAGGCCCGCGAGCUAUACAUGAUGAAUAAAGUUCGGCUUAUCUAUGAUCGUGGCCAAGAAACAUCACGGCUAGUGUGUCGAACACUGGAAGAUCUGGAAAUACCCUUAGACAUGACUCAUUCAUACCUCCGUGCCGUAUCACCUGUUCAUAUCAAGUAUCUCGCCAACAUGGAAAUACGGUCCUCUAUGUCAAUCAGCAUCACCCUUCGUGACAAGUUAUGGGGCUUGAUAUCAUGUCAUUCAUACGGGAAUAAGGGUAUACGCGUCGCGUUUCCAAUUCGCAAGAUGUGUCGUCUAUUGAGCGACAUAAUCUCUAGGAAAAUUGAAUCUCUUUCAGACGCAUCUCAGAUCCAAGCUCGAGAGUUAUUAAGUACACUCCCUAGCCAAACCAAUUUGUCUGGGCAUAUAAUUGCGUCCUUGGAUGAUUUGAUACAGCAUUUUGGUGCAGACUACGUCGCUCUCUCUUUAUGUGAUGGUGAUGAAAGGAAAAUUGUUGGCGAAGAAACAGACUCGCAUGAAGUCCUUGCUAUUUUAGCAUUUCUCUCCGUGCAGGGACUAAACUCCGUGGUCGCCUCCCAUAAUAUCACUAACGACUUUCAUGGGCUACGUUAUCCUCCGGGUCUCAAUACUAUAUCGGGAAUACUGUAUAUGCCUUUAUCCACCAACGGUAGGGACUUCAUCGUCUUCUUCCGCAAGGGUCAACAAGAGGAAAUUACCUGGGGAGGCAAUCCUUAUCCUACCACGAAUCGUAAGGAGACAGCAGUCAACUUGGAACCCCGUACCAGCUUUGCAGCAUGGCGAGAGACGAUUCUGGGUCAAUCUCGAGAGUGGUCAAAAGCUGAUCUAGAGACGGCCGCCAUAUUGUGCUUCGUCUACGGAAAAUUCCUAAAAGUAAGGCGCCACACAAACUCAGCGAUGCAAGACUCCUAUAUCAUCAAGAUGUUGCUCGCAAAUCCCGCUCUUAUAUUUCAAUCGCCGCUGGAUGCAAUCAUCAACGAUCUUGAAAUCUCACUCAGAGGUGCUCUCGAUGCGGAGACCCGCGAAAGCUUAACAAAGUCGUAUCCUGCUUACAGAUCUUUGGUUUUUAUCAUCAACGAUCUUUUGGAUAUGUCCAAUACCAAGAAAGUACAGAAUCUUGUCUAUUCCAGAAGUGAGAAGCACGAUUGUGUUGAUCUUGGUAUCUCUUCGAGCGAAUUCGACUUGGGUAUACAUUCGUGGUGUAUCGAUAUGAUCUAUGAGCCACCCUCGAAGCUGAAACCUGAUCUGCAAGGCUUUUUCCUCGUCGAAUGGCAAAGUUUCAGCUUACAAGGUCGAGCAACGUAG